CUGCGGGCCAUCAGAUCCCCUACUACCGCAAUGUUCCGCGACCGUCUCCGCCUCUCUGGUAUUCCGUCACAUUCGAUAUCCCUCCUUCAUCCCGUCGUGCAAAGCGGCGCUCGCAAUAUGGCGGCUUUCGCGCGGCUAAAUAUAGCUAAGGGGGUAACAUGUUUACUGAAUGUUGCCCGUUUUGCCCCAUCUUGUCUUGUGAUCCCAGUGAGGACCAAAAAACGACUUAAAGUUCCCCCUAGGAGCUAUGAUCCUUUGGAACAACAGCAAAAGCAAUUAAAAGCUGCAGGAUUGAUGAUACCCGAAGAGAAGUUGUCACAGUAUAUCACUAUUACCUGCACACGGGGGAUCUUUGACCCUUACAUUCCUGCAGAAGGAGAUGCCCGUAUGUCAAUGUUGUCAAAGGAAGGGCUGUUACAAAGGACAGAAAAAUUGAAGCAGACUGCAAAAUCUUACACGGCAAUCCGAAAAAUAAGGGAGAGUGAUCCUGACUUCCGCGUCAAAACCUUUGGAGAAAAAGCCCAAGAAAUCUUUAUUGAGGCACACAAUAAUCUGGCCAAUUUUAAUGAGGAGAAACUUCACACUCUAGUGACUGAACACUGUUACCCGGAAAUGGUACAAGGAAAUGAAUACAAGACCAUUCGGUGGAGUUUUCUAGAGUCAUUGGAGCCCCCUAGAGUGGUCCAUGUGCGAUGCCCAACUCUGCUGAACGAGGAUCUUCUGUAUGGGCAAGUGACAGUUCGAAUUCACAUUCGGCAGAUUUUAGCUAUCUAUGAUCAGUUUGGGAGGCUGAUGUAUGGAAGCGAACAGAUACCAAAGGAUGUACUAGAAUAUGUUGUGUUUGAGAGACAUCUGCUACACAGAACUGGCCAGUGGAGGUUACAUGACAAGAUUGUUCCAUCAUGGGCUCCUCCAAAAGAUCCCCUAAUCAAGACUGUUAUGAUCCCAGGACCAACCCUGACACCUUCGGAAGCAUAAGGAAGAAUCAUCAAGAGGUGCCAGAUCCACUGAUUUAAUGCAACAAAUAAUAAGACC